CAGCCGGGGCCGGAGGGGGGGGGGGGAAAAGGAGGGGUUCAUUAAUUAAUUAGCGAGGGAGACUAAUGAGGAGGGCUCCCCCCAAGCCCCAGCAUGCGGGUGACGCCGUGCCAGGCUGCCUUGGCAGGGGCCAUCAGCCUCAACCUCCUCCUCCUCUUCUGCGCCUGGCGGGGGCCAGGGAGGUCACCUGCCUCCUGCCGCCCCCCCCGCGGCGUCCCUGGUGUCACCGUCCUCCUCCGGGACUUCGAGGACUUUGACAACGACCUGGCGGGGACGGCACGGUCCUUCGCCUCCUUGCCCGUCCCAGUGCUGGUGGCUGCCGAAGCGGCACCGUACCCACCGGUGCCAUUACCGGCGGGGGUCCGGCUGCUGCCGCUGCACCCCGUGGCUGACCAGCCCCCACCGCUGGCACACCCCGAGCUCCACGUCCGCACCCGCCACGUGGCCCUGGUCCCCGACGGCACCCGUGCGGUCCCUGGGCUGCUGGAGCGCAUGCGGGACACGCUGGAGCGAGGGCCCGGUGACACCCGGUUGGUGGCAGCGCCGGUGGGGUCGGUGCCGCUGCGGUGCCUGGAGCUGCAGUUGGAGCCGCGGGUCUGGACGGCGCGAUACGGCACCGGCGCCCCGGGGGUCUGCCGAGCGGUGGAGGGCACGGCCGUGCUGCUGCUCCGCACCCGCGACCUCUUCACUCUCCCCUUCCCCCUAGCACGGCCGGUGCCCACCGCCAUCUUCGUCCAGGCGGUGUUGCGGGGCUGGGGGCUGCGGGUGGUGCCGGCAGCCUUCCCAGCGUCCCGCCGACCCCCCGUCUCCCCCCACAACCACUGGAAAGCCGAAAACCUGGCAGAAAGCCGGCGGCGCCGGUUGAUGCGGGAUCUGGGCAUCAAGCGGGAGGUGCUGGCAGACGGGCGGGAGCGCUGGUACGGCUGCGGCAAGGAGACGGCACGGUGUUUCGGCACUGUGCACGCCCGGACUCCCCAGUAUCUGCUGGCUGGGCGCUGGACCCCCCCAUGCUGCCUCCGGGCCCUACGGGAAACCGCCCGGCACGUGGUUGGGGCGCUGGAGGCCGCCGGGGUGCGGUACUGGUUAGAGGGGGGGUCGUUACUGGGAGCCGCCCGCCUUGGGGACAUCAUCCCCUGGGACUACGACGUGGAUUUGGGUAUCUACCAGGAGGACAUGGGGAAAUGCCGGUGGCUGGCGGCGGCGGCGGCAGGGGAGCCGGUGGAGGACGCUGAGGGUUUCCUGUGGGAGAAGGCGGCAGAGGGAGACUUUUACCGCGUCCACUACAGCCGGAGCAACCGGUUACAUGUGGACCUGUGGCCCUUCUACCCCCGCGGGGGGGUGAUGACCAAGGACACGUGGCUGGGGCACCCCCAGGACGUGGAGUUUCCCGAAAGCUUCCUCCAGCCCCGGGUGCCGAUGGCCUUCGCCGGCUUCACCGCCAUGGCGCCCAACAACGCCCGCGCCUUCCUCGAGCUGAAGUUCGGGCCAGGAGCCAUCGAGAACCCCGAGUACCCCAACCCUGACGUCAAGCGCUUGGGGCAGGACUGAGGGGGACACCCUGUAGGGUGUCCCCCCCCUUCCACCGUUGACAAUAAACCCUCCAGUGACGCC